CGGCGGCAGAGCAUGGGCCAGACCGACUCCAGCUUCGCCGUCAUCUGCACGCUCUGGCGCUGAGACGGUUGCUUGGGGCGCAGGGCGAGCGGCGCCGCCACCACCGACCACCACUCCGCGGCAUGCCAUCGCGGCCGCACGCCGCGCUCGCAUCGCCAUCCGUGCACACCCAACGUUGCCACCACGGAGGAGGCGCACCAGCAAGACGAACGCGACUCCCAAAAGAGCGAUUUGUCGGACAGCGUAUCCUCGGCGAACGCCGUAAAGAUGACGUCGAGUAAGACGAUCCUCACGGGGACGACGACGACGACGACUCUCACGCCGACGCCGAUCCCCAACGGUGACGAGCGUGAGACGUGGGGCAAAAAAGUCGACUUUUUGCUCUCCGUCAUCGGCUUUGCAGUCGACCUCGCCAACGUGUGGCGCUUUCCAUACUUAUGCUACAAGAAUGGCGGCGGUGCAUUUCUGGUUCCGUACUGCAUUAUGCUGGUCGUGGGUGGUAUCCCAUUGUUCUACAUGGAGUUAGCGCUGGGGCAAUUCAACCGGAAGGGUGCCAUCACAUGCUGGGGGCGGUUAGUGCCCUUGUUUAAAGGAAUCGGUUAUGCGGUUGUCUUGAUUGCUUUCUACGUCGACUUCUACUACAAUGUCAUCAUCGCAUGGGCGUUACGCUUCUUCUUUGCCUCCUUCACGGAUAUGCUGCCGUGGACAUCCUGCGACAAUGAGUGGAAUACUCCGAAUUGUAAACAGGCAAGCAACUAGCGCCAUCUAUCAACAUUUCCAUGUAUUUACUUUAAUAGCUGAUAUUUUGUGUUGUUUUAGUUUGAUUUCUCAUCAAAAAAUUUCACAAACUCCACUAACACGACGGUGAUGGACAAUCCGAAGAUGAACACAGCUGCGUCGGAGUAUUUCAAUCGUGUGAUAUUAGAGUUACAUAAAAGUGGCGGCCUUCACGAUCUGGGCGCGAUUAAAUGGGACAUUGCACUGUGUCUACUGGCAGUCUACAUCAUCUGUUACUUCUCUCUAUGGAAGGGUAUUUCCACUUCCGGCAAGGUAGUGUGGUUUACCGCACUUUUUCCCUACGCAGUGUUGCUUAUCCUGCUUGUGCGCGGGAUUACUCUUCCUGGGAGCGCACAAGGCAUCAAAUACUAUCUCUCACCAAACUUUCAUGCGAUUACUAAAGCAGAGGUCUGGGUAGAUGCAGCGACACAAGUAUUCUUCUCGUUGGGGCCAGGCUUUGGUGUGUUGUUGGCUUACGCAUCAUACAAUAAAUAUCACAACAAUGUAUAUAAGGAUGCAAUUUUGACAUCGAUUAUAAAUUCAGCGACCAGUUUCAUCGCUGGGUUUGUAAUCUUUUCGGUAUUAGGAUAUAUGGCGCACGCUGCAAAUAUGCCUAUUCAGGAGGUUGCGACAGAAGGUCCUGGUCUUGUGUUUGUUGUAUAUCCGGCCGCCAUUGCUACCAUGCCGGGAAGUAUUUUCUGGGCUCUGAUUUUCAUGAUGCUGUUGACGUUGGGCCUUGACAGCUCAUUUGGAGGAUCGGAAGCCAUUAUAACAGCGCUUAGUGACGAGUUCCCAAAAAUUGGUCGUAACCGAGAAAUCUUUGUUGCGGGCCUCUUCAGUUUAUACUUUGUAGUCGGCCUAGCGUCUUGCUCCCAAGGAGGUUUCUAUUUCUUCCAUCUGCUUGAUCGUUAUGCUGCUGGUUACUCAAUGCUCUUCGCCGUCUUCUUUGAAGCAAUUGCUGUUUCAUGGAUAUAUGGCACACAGCGCUUUUGUGACGACAUCAAAGACAUGAUCGGUUUUGCACCUGGGAUUUACUGGCGCUUCUGCUGGAAGUUUGCCGCUCCUGUCUUCCUGCUCUUCAUCAUUGUCUACGGUCUCCUCGGAUAUGAACCUUUGAGGUACGAGGAUUACGAGUAUCCAAUGUGGGCCAACGCGCUCGGCUGGUGUAUUACGGGAUCUUCGAUAAUCAUGAUACCAGGUGUUGCCAUUUAUAAAAUUCUCACCACACCAGGAUCUGUAAGAAAGAGAUUCAAAAUAUUAACAACGCCGUGGAGGGACACACAGCAAGCAUUGCAAACAAAUGGUGUUGCAGUACGAAUGGAGAAUAAUCAUGUUAAUCUGGAUUAUCAGGGGUGCCAACGACACCGCCACCGGAAGACGUUUGAGGCAAUAUGGUCGACACCGUCCUUGCAUUUACGCUCGACGGUCAUAAAAAGCCCAACUUUGAUGUAUACUAUGUUUGACUUUGUUUUUAAGUACUCAUAGACACCUACAUCAAGCAAAAGCCAUCAAAUAAGUACACAACUUAAAAUCAAAAUCAAAGGCUAAACAGCCAUUAGCUUUUGAUUCCAGUCAUACCAGAAUAAUUUUAAAAACAAAAUUUUCAUUUUUUUUCGUUCAAAUGAAACCCGAUCGCCUCAAUAUACAUGAAUAUAUGUGUAAAAUCGUAAAUAUUAAAUACUCUAAGCUUCUGUCACACACUGUGUAGUUAACACUAGAAUAUUUGUCGCGUGUAAGUUAUAAAUUCUUAGUUGAUCGAUUGCUGAUGAGAAAAGUAGAGAAUUGUAUUAGGUAGCAAUAUAGAAGAUAAACAAGCUCGUCGUCUGCACACUUGCAUUUGACGGCUACUAGUAAUUUAUUAACUAUUAAAUAAGGUUACUAAGUAAUCUUGAAUUGAACUCAAGUGAAUGUUACCCAAGGAGGCAGUAAACAGCCAUUUACUUCCUCCUGCGCUAAAUAAGUAUAACCACAAAUAUUAUUUUACAUUAAUAAUACUAGCUCGUAAUGAACAUGUUAAUAUUGAUAAAUAUGAUUAAUGCAGCAGCUGAAUUAAUUGCAGUAUUCAAUCGAUUAUUAAUGAUAUAUCUAAGAAUAGGUUAAGUACUUUAAGCGUACAAUUGGAGGCAGUACACUUGAUAUAUUUGUAAGGAAAUGAGAAGCGAAUUUAAACCUUAUCUUAAUUAUAAUUAUAAUUAAAUUUAUAUGGUGGAGAUAGACACUGUUUAAGCGAGCGACGAAGAAUGUUAAUACUUAUAAAAAGAUUUCUCAUGUUUUUCAACUUAUAAGUUACCUUUGUUUAAUGGGAACAGAAUGCAAGCAGCCAUUUGCAAUUUGUUCUGAUUUAAUGUAGGUUCAUUUUGUAAUGUUGUUAUACAUUUUUUAUAAUUUGUGAUAAAAUUUAUUUUAAACAUUCAA